GAACCUACCAUCUGGGUGGGCAUAGAAAGCAUUGCAAGCUGAACUCGAAGCUUGCCCAACUCGAAUUUUACGGUUACUACUGAUGUUGUAGUUGGCUGUUGGAUGGCCGAAAAGCCCUCUUCUCCCAUCACACCUUAUUUCUCUGCCUCUCAAGUUUCUGGUGUGGACAGGGAGGUGGAUAGAGAUACUCCAGGUUGUGAGGGCAAGGUGUAUUGGAUCGUCGAUCAGAUGUGAGAAGUGAGUAGUACGUCGCCGGCUCAGGAGCUACCCUUUGUACUGUCAAGGUGGAGAAUUCCUCCUAGUACUGCUGCCUCGAGGACAGAUUUCAGUAAAUGCUGGUGCAGUCGGUUUAGUGCUGCCGUUGGAGUUGCGGAAGGAUGAGUGACAGUAAAGGGCAUCACCAAUCCAGCUCUAGUAGUGGCCAUUCCCAGAAGCAUGGCUCGAGACAUUCAAAACGCAGUGCUGCUGCGGAGGACACCAUCGUUGGCAACUAUAAACUUCUCAAGACUAUUGGCAAAGGCAACUUCGCCAAAGUCAAACUGGCACGACACUUACCAACAAACAAAGAGGUUGCAAUCAAGAUCAUCGACAAGACGCAACUGAACGCAAGCAGCUUACAAAAGAUGUAUCGCGAAGUUCGCAUCAUGAAAAUGGUUGAUCAUCCCAAUAUUGUAAAAUUGUUUGAAGUCAUCGACACUGAGACCACCCUGUACUUGGCAAUGGAGUACGCCAGUGGCGGUGAGGUGUUUGACUACCUUGUCGCUCAUGGCCGUAUGAAGGAGAAGGAAGCAAGGGCCAAGUUCCGUGAGAUCGUUUCUGCAGUACAGUAUUGUCAUCAAAAACAUGUAAUUCAUCGAGAUCUUAAGGCUGAGAAUCUUCUACUUGACAGUAACAUGCACAUUAAAAUUGCCGACUUUGGAUUUAGUAACGAGUUUACAAUUGGUAGCAAGCUUGACACGUUCUGCGGCAGUCCACCGUACGCUGCACCCGAGCUCUUUCAGGGCAAGAAAUACGACGGCCCCGAGGUGGAUAUCUGGUCUCUUGGUGUAAUCCUAUACACUCUUGUCAGUGGCUCUUUGCCAUUUGAUGGACAAAACUUGAAGGAACUGAGAGAACGUGUGCUCCGGGGGAAGUACAGAAUACCAUUUUACAUGUCAACUGACUGCGAGAACCUCUUGAAACGAUUUUUAGUUCUCAACCCAGCGAAGCGCUCGUCUCUCGAGGUGAUAAUGACAGAUCGGUGGAUGAAUGUGGGGUAUGAGGAUGGUGAUGAGCUUCGGCCUUACGUCGAACCUAUCCCAGACUUCUCUGAUCCAGAGCGUAUCGCUGUUCUGGAAAGACUCGGUCACAAACGUGAACAGCUGGACUUGUCUGCUAAGGAAGGGCGCUAUGAUGACGUAAUGGCCACAUACCUCCUCCUUGGCCGGAAGGAUAUCGUUCCCACAGGAUCUGUGGAUCGGUCGCUUUCUGACUCCACAGCUUCAUCUGGUGCUGCUAGCUCCAGUACGUCGGGUGCCUCCAGCUCACACAGCAGUUCUCAUCGUCGGACCAGUGAAAUCGUUCCUGCGUCCAACCAUCGCUCUAGUGGUGCGAGCGCAGUAUCGUCUGAUCGACCGUCAUCAGUUCGCCAACCGAGCAGUCGUAGCAAUGGUGCCUCCGCAGCGUCGACAUCGGGAACAGCGUCCACUUCGGCAGCUCCGAGUAGUCUUGAUGCAUCUAGUCGCACUCACUCAGCCGCACAACGACGCCAUAGUGCAGCAGUUACUGGUGGUGAGAGGCAGGCCGUACCGGCCUUCACCUCGCCUGCUCGACACGGUGCUACAACUCACGUAAAUAGCGGCAGCGCCAGCACUACCACAAGCCCUGGUGGCACUCCGUCCGGCGCCACAAACUUCCUGGCGCAGAAUAGCAUACCCGGGCGACAAACACAAGUGUCGCGCAGUAUGCGGCAUCGUCGUGAUCAUCUCUACCCGUCGACGAUCACUGAAGGUGCAGCAGCUAGCAGUGGCAGUGCAUCUGGCGUGGCAAAUGUAACGUCUCCCACCAGUAAAUCGUUAGGCGGUGUGCGUGCAGACUCGGAAAGGGGGAGGCCGUCGCCGCUGUCGUCCACUGGUAGUGCGUCGGCAACGGUGAAGGCACCCCAUUCUGUCGAUUCUACAUUCGCCAGUGGCUCUGCAAACAAUCCAAACAAGUCUGAAAUACCUCGCCGAGGGGCAUCGUACGCCAGAUCUUUCAAAUUGCCAAAGAGUCAGCACCGGAGGAGUCUGUAUGGAAAUGAGGGCGAUGCAAGUCCGUCAUCGCCAUCCCCAACACCAUACGAACAGUCCACAUCACCUUCACCAUCCUCUGCACAAGCCAUGAGGCGCUUGCAGUCCUCGUCAGCAGCAUAUACGCCAAGUGGCGGUGAUGAAUUCAGGCCCAGCACCGCUCCUAUCGGCCGGCAGACAAGUGUCACGACAACGCCAAGCUUAACCUCCGGUGCCCCAUCGCCGUCUACACCGGAGCACUCUGGUCCGCUACAGCGAGGCACGACGGCGCGUGCCACAUUCCACCUUGGACAGAACCGGGAACGCCGACAUACGCAUCACAACGGAAUAGCACCGGACGACCCAGGUUACGAUGACCAUGACCAGGUGCCAGCAGGCGGCGGCCUUUUCCGCAAGCUGACAUCGAAAUUCAGCAAAAAGAAUGUCAACGAAGAGUCGUCUAAACCACGUUCACUACGCUUCACGUGGAACAUGAAGACGACGAGUACGAUGGAUGCCAUGGACAUCAUGCGCGAGAUCCGGAACGUACUGGAAGCCAACUUGUGUGCGUAUGAUGAGCGCGAUACAUUCUUGUUAGUGUGUUCCUAUGGGGAUUCAGAAGAUAGCAUGGUGCAGUGGGAGAUGGAAGUUUGUAAACUGCCAAGGCUCUCCGUCAACGGUGUACGAAUCAAGCGACUAUCAGGGAACUCGCUCACAUUCAAGCACAUUGCCACCAAGCUGACGAACGAGCUCAAACUGUGAGUGUGUAUCGGCGAUUGCCUUGUGCCAUACUUAGAGCUACUGCAUCACCGUAAACUGUUUCAGACACUUGAAAAUGCUUAUGUUUCCCAUGUGACGGUGAUACCAUGUGUUUGCCUCUGGCUUUUAAUAAGAUUAUUUGUGCACACGUAUGAAAUCUGGACGGUUUCAUUACCUCCACACGAAAUACACACACUACUUAGGCUUUUAUGUCCGCCGUACAACUUGCUUCUGCUGCAUGUAUGCUCCACUCGUUCAUAAAUUCAGUCCUUUCUCCUCCCCCUCCCCCCAAUAUCUAUAUACAUGUAACAGUGGCUGUGUCUCGGUCUGGUCUAUGGCAUAAAACCUACUACAUUGUACUCUCAUGAAAUUGCCUCAUGAAAUACAUGUUGCCUUCUCAUUUGACCGUGAUUGUUUGUUGUGCGGCAACAAAACCGCUGCUUGUAUCUGUUUUGUAACUUGGUAUGCCCCUGGUGCAACUUGCUACUACAUUCACAUGUACAUACUCCCCCGAGCUCUCCCGUGUGAUGUCCUAGAUUCAUUAUUUCUGGCUGGGUUGUGUCUGCUGUUCUUUCAAGUUUUCACCGUUAGCCACUGUUCUGCUUUGUAACAACUCACUACGUUUUUUUGCUUGGAGCUCUUCAGUCUCCAUGGAUCGGCGUGUAUUUUGAUCAUGAUGAGCCCUCUCACUAUACGUUGCUUCUACCCGGUGUUUUAAGGCGGCAUGCAGCACAUGUUUUUAGAGUAUUUCCCAAAGGUAGCAGCCCUAGCUGCGACGAAUGCGUCACACAUGUGGCAUAUGUACAUAACAUUCAUUAUGCAUGGUCUACCUGUGUAUUUAUAUCUUGUCAAUGUCCAUCUA